UGUCUCUCACAUCAGGGGAGUGAGCUCCAACUUGUUGGAAUACCUGGCAAAGAGCGCUCCCACCCAUCUCCAUCUUACCAAGUGCCAAAUCGACAAAGACAAGCUCUGAUCCUCUCUCCCGCUUCAGGGCAGGAGUCCAGGUCCUACCAACAUGCUCAACGGCGGUGAAUGCGGUGACAACGAGCGAUACCGGUGCAGUGACCUCCUUAUCUUCACCGUUGCUCUUCCACUUCAUCUUCAUACUCAUAGAAUCCUUCCCAACAGGAAUACUGAUCCCCAACUUCGGACAAAGAUCCAUACCAACGGCUUCGACGGCUUCGUAUAAAGCCGCUCCCUCGCCAGGGUGGUUUCCGGCUGCCAUCCAGUUUGCCGACAACCGGACACGCUUUAGGCCGCCUUGGAUGUCUGCCGCUGCCAAGUUGAGGAUAGACUCUGCGACGGCCAUACGUGCAGACGCUGCGGGGGAGAUGAGAGCUAGAGUUGGCUUCUCACCCAUUGCCAUAGCUUCACCCGUGACUGAUUCUUCAGACAGCGAAGUUGCGGUAACUGCGACAUCUGCGACAGGGACCUGCCAAGGGCCGACCAUCUGGUCCCGAGUGACCAACCCAGUAACAGUCCUGUCCCCAAUAGUGAUGAGGAAGCUCUUGGAACCAACACUAGGAAGCUUCAACACCCUAUCCACAGCCUCGACUAAACGGUCCUGCGGCGAUAGAUUCGGGAGGUAGGUCUCCAAGCUAUUAUCGAACUGAGCGUGGCCCAACACCCGGGUUGUAACGUUCUUGUGCAUCUUCGGAGGCUUUCCAAACAGCGUUGACAUGGGAAGGUCAAUGACCUUAGGAUGGUCCCUGCUAUCCCUAUCCUUGAGGACCAGCCUCUGCUCUGCGUCGCUCCCCCCUUCGGCUCUACCAACGACGGAAAACCCACAGCGCUCCCGUUUGGCGAUCGCUACAAAAGUCUCCAAGCCGGACUCCGCCACAGCCAUCACAUACCGCUCCUGAGCCUCGCAACACCAUAUCUGCAGAGGACUCAUCCCCUUGUCGGCAUUCUCAACCUCUCGAAGCUCAAAAGUAGCCCCUAGACCAGCAU